CAGGCACAGGAAUCACUUGAUUUAACCCCGCACCACUUUUUACUUUACUCUAGCAGUCAUCUCUAAGUACCGAAGAAAUUGGAUUUCACAUCAGCAGAYAAGAAUUACCAAACUUACCAAAACUGUAAUCUGUUAGAAAUAGUGACUUUGCAGGAUUUUAGACUACAAGAGAAGAAAGUUUCAAUUUGCUUUGAAGUAAAGGGACUAAGUCUCAUUUUUAGCCAAAUGAAUUGKCAUCAUUUUAUGUAGGAGAAGUAACAUUGGUAAAUAUUUAUUUCAGGAGUCAUGACUUGGAAAAACUUGGAAGUUUAUUAGCAGAGUAAAUGUUUUACACACAAGCCAGGAUCUGCAUGUACCUGUGGUUCCCGGUGCCUUCUGGGGACCAGUGUAGGUGACGGGCUGGGGGAAGGAAAUGCCCUAGCAAUUCUCCAGCCACAGCCAGACUGCUGGUAUCAUGUCUACCACACAAAGGAAGGGCAGCAGCCACCUGUUCACCAGUCCGAGCACCUGUCACCUGCAGGAGGAUCAGCGACAGCAAGAAAAAUCUGUCAUUGCUGAACCAAUAUUUGUUUUUGAAAAGGGAGAAAGAACUUUCAAGAGACCUGCGGAAGACACCCCCUUUGAAGCAGCAGAACCUGACUGUAAUCGUUUUUCAAGAAAGCGUGUACGGUCUUCAUCUUUUACUCUGUGUACUGCAGAUUCUCCAUCCCAGGGAGUGUCAACCUUGUCUCAGAAGCGCCUGAGAUCUUCGUCCUUCACUGACCUCCCAAUCUUCCCCCCUUCUGGCCCAGUGAAGAAAAACAAUGUUUUUAUGACAUCAAGUCUUGUACAAAUGAAUGCUGACAUGAACAGUGCGGAACAAGGUCCUGUAAAGCAUUCUGAACAUGUUCUAAGACCUGCUACUUUACAGCCACCUCAUCAAGCUCAAAGCUGUGAAAAAAUAGGACAAACAUUUGAGCAAAAUACCUUGGAAUCYGGCAAAAUUAAAGAAAAGAUGAAACAUAAGAUUUCUGAGGAGAAUCCCCAUUUAUUAAGUGAAAAUUUACCAAAUGCCAGAAUUUCAGUUCCGCUUUCUACUAACCAGCAAUUUUCAGGUUCAACAUCAGUAGGAUGUCAACCAAAUGGAAAAUGUUCUUUUAAAAGCUGCAAUUUAGAGUUUGUCUUCGGAGAAAACAUGGUGGAGAGAGUUUUGGGAACUCAAAAACGAACCCAGCCUCAACUUGAAAAUGAUUCAAAUGCCAACCAAAACACAUUCAAAUCCAUUCUGAAACUCCCUAUCAACUCUCCAAAUUCAAGAACAGACUCUAUUAACAAUGCAUCCCUAAUUGAAUCUGCUGCUGCUUUCUCUUCCCAACCAUCUCGAAAAUACUUGCUGGAGAAAAUCGACAUAAUAACAGGGGAGGAAGCAGAAUAUAAUGUGUUAAAGAUCAACUGCAAGCUUUUUAUAUUCAACAAAACAACUCAAUCCUGGAUUGAAAGGGGCAGAGGAACUUUGAGACUGAAUGACACAGCAAGCAGUGACUGUGGAACAUUACAGUCAAGACUAAUUAUGCGCAAUCAAGGCAGUCUGAGGCUGAUCCUCAACAGCAAACUCUGGGCUCAGAUGAAAGUUCAAAGAGCAAAUCGGAAAAAUUUGCGAAUAACGGCUACUAAUUUAGAAGACAAUAGCAUCAAAGUAUUUUUAAUUCAGGCUAGUGUCAAAGAUACAGGAUUUCUGUAUGCAGCCAUACAUCAUCGUCUUGUUGCACUUCGAAGCUUUGAUAAGCUUCAGAAAGAUGUCAAUCAAUCUGAAAGUCAGUCAGAAACAGUCCUUCAACAAUUAAGCUGUGAAAGCUGUGAUGAGGAUGAGGAUGAUUUCACCCAAGUUACUAAAAGUGGAUCAGAUCCUUCUAGGUGGACCAACAGACAGUCGGUUGCCUGUUCAUGAGUACUACCUACCAUAAAUAUGACAACAUCCAUAAAACAAUUGGUCAUCCUCCUGAAAAUACCAAACCAUCUUAAAUAAGAAGAUCCUAUUAAUUCCUUGAAGAGUUUUUACAGAAAAGUUUAAGAAAUAUAAUUUACUGCAAUUACAAAUUGUCUCUUAUGUUUUACAUUUUAUAUUUUGAUUAUUGUGGAGAAAAUGACAGAACUUAAGAAAUAAAUGGACUUCAGAAGUUCAAAAUUUAUUGUCUUUGAGAAAGUUAAUUUAGACUAGGAUUGGAUAGCUACUUUGGACUAUUCAUCACAUUGAUGGAUAUCAUAUUUAAAGUUGUAAAUUGUUAGAUUCGAUAAAUAACUAAAAUAUUUAUUUUUUCAGACAWACAUUGUCUGGCCAUAAAACAAAUAUUUUACUAAA